AUGGCCUUCGCUUCCCGUCUUCUAUCCAAAUCCAAACAGUUGCCUGCUGGUCAGAGCCUUUUGCAGCGGGAGCAUGCUGUUCCAGUCCGUUUCUUCGCCAAAGAAGCUCCUCGCCAAGCUCUUAAGGGAGAUGAGAUGCUGAAGAACAUUUUCUUGGAAGUUAAGAACAAGUUUGAGACAGCAAUGGGAAUACUCAAGAAGGAAAAGAUCACCAUUGAUCCUGAUGAUCCAGCUGCUGUAGCACAGUAUGCAAAGGUCAUGAAGACUGUUAGAGAAAAGGCAGACUUGUUCUCAGAAUCUCAAAGAAUUAAAUACACCAUUCAAACACGAACACAAGAUAUUCCAGAUGCCCGCACAUAUCUGUUGACAUUAAAGGAGAUCCGAAUCAAGAGAGGCCUCACUGAUGAACUUGGUGCAGAGGCUAUGAUGAUGGAUGCACUGGAAAAGGUUGAAAAAGAAAUCAAGAAACCACUCUUGAGGAAUGACAAGAAGGCAAUGGCUCUUCUUAUGGCAGAGUUUGAUAAAAUCAAUAAAAAACUUGGAAUACAGAGGGAAGAUCUGCCAAAGUAUGAAGAACAGUUGGAACUUAAAAUCUCUAAAGCACAACUGGAGGAGUUGAAGAAGGAUGCUGUUGAGGCAAUGGAAACUCAAAAGAAACGUGAGGAAUUCAAGGAUGAGGAGGCGGUGGAUGUGAAGUCACUGGACAUACGAAACUUCAUCUGA